AUGUUAUUGACAUUGGGCCCUCCUCGUGUUUACGGCUGGCCAAUCAAUUUUCUGAAUGAGGAAUUCAUUCAACAGGUCUCUGUUAAUGUAUUUGGUGAUAUUCUUGUAACUGCUUCUCAGGUUAAGCUCCAUUUUUGGUCGAAUAAAAAAGAAAUUGUGUACCUUGCAUCUUUCCCCAUUCCACAGUGUUCCAUAGAUAACAAUCCAGUUGUACAGGUACUUUGGCAUCCUCGACAUGGAAAACGAUUAGCUGUCUUCACAACACGUCAACUCCUUUUCUAUGAGGUAGAUAUCAUGAUCGGUGGUGACACGUCUUUAGCGCUCACUUCAAGUGGAAAUUCUAAGGAAACUGAAACGUAUUCAAUGCUUUGCGAUACAUCUUUGCAUGCAUAUAUUUCGAAGGUACUCUACUUUGAAAACGGUUUCGCAACAUCAGUUAAACUGGCAGGGCUUAAUACAUUCACUGUCUGUACAACACUUGGUGUGGUUCACCUUAUUGGCUGGGAUACACAAAAGAUCCUGAAAACAUGGGACAUAGAGAGCUUGCAGAAGGCUUGCUCCUCAAUGGCUUGCAAUAAUUCUUGGACGCUGGAUGGCUCUGACGACGCGCUUAAUUCUUCCACAUUGAAUCAGAAAAAUUCUUUGCUCAGUGCGACAACCUGUGAGUACAGAGAAGCAGGGAUGCGACAGAUCAAGGCAAUAACACCACCAGGUAUUGCUGUAGCGGUUCGCCACAAAACUAGAAAAACAAAUUCUAUGGUAAAGACGUCACUUGCUGCGGAAGGCAAACUAGAAGACAUCCACACCGAACCUUACGAUAACACAAAUCAUACCAUUGACGGCGUUCUUCCAACGUCGCGAGCGGUGCAUUCGAAUCUCAUUCUCCAUGUUGCAUUCGCGACUUCUUUAUCCAUAUUUGCCUUUGUUCUGUCCAACGACUGCGUUUUUUUGGCAAGGACCUAUUCUGAAGCGGAUCUCACAAAUACGAAUAUAGCACUUCAUGGGCGAUUUCAUGCGCUAAAGUCUGUUAUGAUGGUCUGCAUAAAUGCUACCCAUUCUCUCCUAGCGGUGGCUUCGCGAACCAGUGAGGUUUCUUGUCACACUGUGGAGGCCUCAAGCCUCAGUUUCUCCACCACGGCGAUCUGGCGUUUCAAAUGCGAACGAUUCUUUGCCUGCCCACAUGACGUUAUGAAAAGUUUACCCGUCAGCGAUCUUCAGUGGAGCCCUGGAAUGGAGGAAUUGCUAUGUGUUGGCUUUGAUCGCGCAGGCAUUGUCGUGCUGCAUUAUAGUGGCAUCUGUGUUAUGCGAUCGUUAGUUACGAAUAGCACGAUACCAGGCGACGUUAUACAGCCAUUUGACAACAAAUUUGAGGAACUACAUACCUUAAAGGGCUUUCAGGCUCUAAGUUGGACUCACCAUGCCACCCGUUUAUUGGUUGUGGGCUCCCAAAGCAAGUAUUUAUCAGUUUUUGACUUUGCACGUGCGCUUAGUAGUGUAGAAGUGGGUCCAUCUCUUAGUUUGUGCACACCUUUAUUCUUGCUAAUGAACGAUGCGCUUGGAAUCGUUCAGUUUUCGGAUGCUGAUGGCCCCAAAGGUGUCAAGCAAUGUGUUAGGCCACCACCACACUACCUUGAGGGCAAUUACCCGCUGAGGUACGGUUCGAUGUCAACCAAAGGCAACUGGAUAGUGUGCGCUGGGUGCCGCGGCUGCGCAACGUAUUCCCGUGCAUCCCAAGAUUGGUUUAUUUUUGAGGUUUCCAACGAAGGAGAGCAGAUGUCCUGCGUUGGAAAUCCUGUUUGGUUAGACGAUGUACUCAUGGCAAUGCCUGUAAGAAACAGUCUUCACGGUUUAGGGAGCUAUGAAAUUUCAGUGUAUCAUCCAAUGUGGUUAUCGCGAAAAAAUGCCAUUGCAAGUAUCCAGCUACCCUGUCAGCCUCUUCUAGUGUCUGCCACUAAUAGCUGUAGUGGAUAUGUUUGUGUGUGUGUGUGUGAUGCUCAACAGACCUUGCGCGUGUACAGUGGUACUUUAUUUACAAAGGUACGUAGUUUUGGCCCAAUAAUAAGCGUGGAUUUGGAACUCAUCUUUAUGACCACAUUAACCGGAAGCUUGACAAAUCCACUUUCGAUGCAGCCAGUCUUGAACGAUGCCACCAAUCUUCAAGAUUCGAAGACAAAUCGCCAUGAAAUGCCCGUCAUCCUUUUGCAACCUCACAAGGGUUCCGCGCUAGUGUGUUUACUUUUGAGCAAAGCGGCGCCUUUAAACAACCAUCCUGAAGGCUGUCAGAAAGACGUUUCAGUACGUGAGGUUUUGCUGGAAUGUCACGUAUCUCGCAAACCGCCACAUUCACGCAUUUUCCGUUAUUGGGUUGAUCGCUUCAGUCCUCUAGAGGGGCUUCGUGUUGUGACUUUCGAGGACGAUGGCCUUUUUUAUCUCCAUUUUGGGGAUCUUUCCACCCCAGCUGUGUUUGUUCGUUUGCAAAUUGCACAGAAGGGUGUGAAUUUGAUCCCUCUCGCGCUUUCGCCGUACGAUGGCUAUUUGCUAUGUUUGUCAGAGCCCUGUGAAGGGUCGCGCAGUGUGCAGUCGCUUAUUUGGCGUUGCCCCUCCCUGAACUUGCCCAUGCUUUCCCUUCGCCCAGUUGUUUAUGCACACUGUGUGUUGGCUUUAAUUUUACAUAGCGCUAUAGAUUUUCAAGCGAAGGGAGGGAUCUCGUUAGAGGGGACUGUUGGAGAUAUUCGAGGCGAUGUCGCUGAUCAUCCCUUUAGCUUUACUUGUACUGAAGCGCAGUUUUGUUGGCUAGAGACGAUGCGUCAAAAUGGUUCCUUUGUGGAGAGUAUUGAAUACUUUUUUGACGUCAUUCUCGAAGAAGGCUUUGGGGUGGAGUUGCCUGGGCUUAGCCGGACCAUCGCCAUCCAGGCAAUCACCCGCCUUCUUCGUUCCUACCCUGAGUUUUAUGAAAUUAUGGCGGUUUGUCUUCGCAAGAUCGAUACCGAAGGCUGGGAUACCGUCUUGGGUAUUCUGGGACCCUUAUUGGACUUUUGCCAAGACUGUGUCACCAAGCAGUGCUACGCCGAGGCACUAAUUAUGGUGCGGGUAAUGUUAUUGAACAGCUGCUGGGAACCCUCUGAUUCACCGCAACCUACUCCAAUAGACUCGCCUUGCACGUAUACCUGCGAUGCUGUGAUAAAAAGCGACUCUGUUCUUACCAACCUCACUAGCUACCCAACUCCCAACUUUCAAAGAGAGAGGGGUGGAUAUUUUCAAAGGGCUUUUGAAUGUGCAGUCAAGCUUUUUGGCCAUGCCCUACGUGAGGAAAGUCUUUCCUCAGCGCGUGAUUUGGUUCAAUUUGUCUUUUUAUUGAAAAACAAAGUAAGCUUGCCCUCACCUGCCUCAACUGAUAAAUUUCAGGCGGAGCGAAGUGUCAUGGCGGACUACCCUUCAUUACGCUUUGGAGGCAUCACCACAUCGUUUGCUGAGAAACACAUGGAGGAUGCCGAGGCGGCUUGCAUGCGGAGUUACCAUAACCUUUAUGGUGAAUAUGAAGCAAUUUCUUACUUUUUUUCAGAUGGAUCAUCGGCGUCUUUGGAGGUCCUUGAAGAUAAGCAGGAACAAAGAAAGAUGGAGGUAAUAUUCUGCAGGUGUCCACAAUUUCUACGCGAAGUCGAGUCGGUCGCGGUGGAACUGCUGCGGCAAGGCUAUUUGUUACGCCUAUAUAGGUUAUUCCAAACCUUCUCACUCUCACUUGAGCAUUUUAAAGAGGUUCAACUGUCGAGCUUCGAGUGCAAAAGAGCGAAGCUCCAUUUUGAAGGGCUGGCGUCAUUGGUUUCCACGACUGCCGCUGUCGAUGUUGCCUGUGUUUUUGACAGCCUACAUAUCGAGCUCGGCCUUCCACGCUCCUGCCGCCCUCUCGGUGACGCGCUUCCCGCUAAUUUUAUGCUUCGGCUUGAUGGGAGCAAUGCCCCCUCCCAAAAUCAGAACCGAUCCCUUUGGACUCAGGCUCAGGUGCUGCUGUUUGAUGAUCACGAUCGACUAUCCACCGUUAAAAUGCUGCAGAAAAUUUUUUAUGGGUGUGCUAAUCUCGAUCUAGCAUUUUCAUUACUUUUGAUGUCAAAGGCUAACCUUUUGCUCUCGCUCGCCACCUCCGCUGAGGAUUCACAAGCGUUUCGCAUUCAGGUUACGUUACUUAAAAAAAUGGUUUCACACCCUAUUUAUCAUGGUUAUAGGCCCUUUCUGCAUGACGUUAUUCUUUCGUUACCACCCAAAGUACAGGAAGUUCAUCGGACUUGA